GUGUGUUUGUGAUUUUGCAGCUUGCGUGUGUCUGGUGUCCGCCGGUGCCUGGUGAGUGAGGAGUGAGGCAACAUGAGCACAGCCAUCGCCACGCUUACCGGCCACAAGGACCGGGUGUGGAAUGUAGCGUGGAACCCCAAGGGGACCGUCCUCACCUCUUGUGGCUCGGACCACUCCAUAAGGCUGUGGAGCAAGGAGGGGGAUGCCUGGGUGUGCAAGACUGUGCUGUCUGAGGCACACACCCGCACGGUGCGCAGCGUGGCCUGGUCACCCUCAGGCAGCACCCUGGCCUCGGCCAGCUUUGACGCAACGGUCAACAUCUGGGACUGCCGGGAGGAGAAUAUUGAGUGUGUAGCCACCCUGGAGGGCCAUGAGAAUGAGGUGAAGAGUGUGGCCUGGGCUGCAUCGGGUGCCCUGCUGGCCACCUGCUCCAGGGACAAGUCGGUGUGGGUGUGGGAGGUGGCGGAGGACGACGAGUACGAGUGUGCAUCCUGCAUGCCUUCCCACAGCCAGGAUGUGAAGAAGGUGGUGUUCCACCCCACGGCAGACAUCCUUGCCUCUGCCUCCUACGACAACACUGUCAAGCUGCACCGCGAGGAGUGCGAUGACUGGACCGUCUUCUGCACCCUCACUGGCCACCAGUCCACCGUCUGGAGCAUCGCCUUCAACGUGUCCGACCGCCUUGCCUCUGUCUCUGACGACAGAACUGUCAAGGUGUGGCAGGAGUAUCUGCCGGGGAACAAGGAAGGAGUUGCCACACCCGAGGGAGCCCCGGUGUGGAAGUGUGUGUGUACACUGUCCGGCUUCCACCAGCGAGCCAUCUACGACGUCUCCUGGUGCAGCCUGACGGGGGCCAUUGCCACCUCCUGCGGGGAUGACUGCAUCAGGAUCUUCAAGGAGCAGCCAAACAGUGACCCCAACGCCCCUGUGUUUGACCUGCUGCUCACUAUCCCACAGGCACACGCUGAGGAUGUUAACAGUGUCACCUGGAAUCCCACCGUGGUGGGACUUUUGGCCUCCGCCAGUGAUGACGGCUCCAUCAAGCUGUGGGACUUCUCACACAUAUUUUGAGUCCAUUGAUAACAGCAACAGUAACACUAACCUGGGAUGCACCCUUCUUUUUAUAUUAUCUAGUUUUAUCAUGGGUGUGGCAGAUGUAAUGUGUGUGUGUGUGUGUGUGUGUGUGUGUGUGUAUGUCAACAAUGUUCAAAAGAGCAAAGACGACUCAUUCCUUAAACUGUGCAGCAUCAGACUUGUCCGUGUCCCAGUGAAGUUGUGUUGGUGAUCUGGGACCAGAAGUUUCUGUGUACAAUUAUACAUCACCAGGUGAUCAAGUCAUCACACUUCACAGCUUUACUAACCUUGGUACAGGGUUACUGUCAUCACUUCUUUCCAAGUCUGCAUAUGUGAAAUAUACAAUAAACUCUCUCUCUCUCUCUCUCUCUCUCUCUCUCUCUCUCUCUCUCUCUCUCUCUCUCUCUCUCUCUCUCUCUCUCUCUCUCUCUCUCUCUCUCUCUCUCUCUCUCUCUCUCUCAAGAUGUAUAUUGUUACGUAUUUAUUUAGCAUUUCUUGGGCAUCUUUUAUCCUGCUAACUCUGUGCACCAGUGACAGCUGUGUCUUGAAGUGCCAGUUAUAACCUGUGUACAGGUGAUUUGAUUACUGAGUAGGACAAAGCAAUGGUGUGAGUAGCAGGUGAGGGGUAGUGGGUAGCGUGGGGUAGUGGCAGUGGUGUUGACUCCAGGAGUAUGAAAGAAGCAGCCACUGAACACCUUUUACCAGGACACUGAGACCACCACCCUCUAUUGAACCUGAUAAAGUUUUGCCUUGGCUUCUUACUGAGUGUGAAAUGUUGUAAAUCUCAUUCUCUACCAGGACACUGAGACCACCACCCUCAUAUUGAGCCUACUGAAGUUUUGCCUUGCCUUCUUACGGAGUGUGAAAUGUUGUAAAUAUCAUUCAGUUUUGCUGCCGAGAGCUCUGAAACUUACCUAAAUUGAGACAUUUGAGUUGUUAAUCCAUUUAGGAACAUAACCGAGGGCUGUGAGCUUUUAAGAUUUAUAAAAGUAUGUACACGAAAACAGAACAGAGGACGACUCAUGGCAGAUUUGUUGUGUCUUGGCUUGAAAAGAUAGGAUGAAACUGGGAACUGUUUUUAUUAUCAUUAUUACUAUUAUUACUAUUAUUGUUAUUGUGCUUAUACCAUUAUUAUUAUCAUCUUUGUUUGUGUUCCUUUUUGCAGCUCUGAUUAGUUGAUGGGUUUUUUUUUGCACAUGUUGACUGAUACAUUUUCUUUUGAACCCCUUGAGUACCACAACAUGUUUUCCCCAUUCAUUCUCUUGAGUAUUUGGUGAUUUUAUACAGCUUCAGAAACUUAUGUGGGGGACUAAAAUACUAAAGACUGUGGCCAUUAAUCUUCUGACCUCCAUAGACCUUUCCUAAUGUAAGUAAAAUCAUCUAAUCACACCCAAAACUUGUGGUAAAAAUACGUCCCAGUACUGAAGGAGUUAAUCUGUCUAUGCUGUAUAUAAAGUGUUGAUGCUUCUAAGUCCUACUGGCCUUGAGGGACAAAUAACUGUUACCUGUUUUACACCGACAAUGUGUUGUAAGGGUCUCGUGGAAAGGUGGGAAAAAUAAAUAAAAGGACCCUGGAGCUUAAAAGUGUAUCCUUCUUUGUGUUUUUUUGUGUAUUUGCUUUGCUGUCACUCUUCACCCACUGACCAUCACGGAACUCAAGACUUAGAGAUCGGCAACACAAAAAUUAACUACAGCAUAGAAAAAAAUUAUACUGAGCAUCCUAACUUCCCUUAACUAUAAAUUGAAGUUAUUCUGAUUUAUGAAAUGUUUAAAGCUUAUCCAUAAAUAAAGUUUGUAUAUUGAG